AUGCAUACGGGCCAGAACGGUAGUUCCUUCUCUAGUGAUGAAGAUUUAGACCAAAUUUCACUAGUUGACUCAAAAGACUCAAAAGAGGAUUUAGGAGACGAAGAUGACCUAGAAGGGUCAGGAGAAGAUCUUUUUGGUGAUAGUUAUGCCAAGGAUUAUGCUAGUAAUACUCGUUUGGAUAGAUAUGAGACGGAAGAGGAAGAAGAGUCCGAGGGACCAUUAAGACCUUUAACUGCCCAGGAAAUGGCAGCUGCUGAGCAAGAUAUAGCCCAAAUGUUUCAUACGCAUGAAGGACAUAGUAAUUGGGGUAGUAAUUGGGGUAGUAAUAUGGGAUUAGCUAGUGUAGGCCAUUCAGAAGACUUAGAAGAAGACUCAAGUCAUUCUUCUCUUAAUUCCUUUGAGUACUCGCCCUUAGAUAGUUUUGAACUACUGCAGGCCCAUAUUCAUGCCUUAGAGAUUCAGGAAAGGGUGAAGAAGGAGAUGGAGCAGUUCUUGAAGACCUUUGGGGAUAAGAAGUACUUAGACUUGAUUAACCAAAUGGCAUCUUUAAACAUGCAGUCUUUAUACGUUGAUUAUUUUGAUCUUGAGUCUUACUCUGGGGUUUUAGCCCAGGCGGCUUUGGCUAUUCCGACUAAGAUUUUGCCUUUACUCAACCAGGCUUUACAUACGGUAGUACGUGGUCUUUUUCCGCGUUAUUCCCAGAUUAAGCAUGUUUUACUUUGUCGCUUAACUAAUAUUCCGGCUUAUGACCAGAUUAGGGAUUUACGUAAUGUUCAUUUGAACUCAUUAGUUAAAGUGGCUGGGAUUAUUACUAAACGGAGUAGAGUCUUUCCUAUGCUUUCUUUAGUCAAGUAUACCUGCCAGAAAUGUCGGGCUUUAUUAGGGCCAUUUUUAGUGGAGAAUGAGGCGGUUAAGCCUAAUAGGUGCUUGGAGUGCCAGAGUUUAGGACCUUUUCAAGUUAAUACGGCCGAAACGAUUUAUAAGGACUUUCAAAAACUAUCUAUUCAAGAGAUACCCGGGACUAUUCCGGCCGGUCGUUUGCCGCGUUCAAAAGACUUGAUCUUACAGUACGACUUGAUCGAUCAGGUUAAGCCUGGGGAUGAGGUAGAAGUAAUUGGUAUUUAUAAGAACAACUUUACUAAUGGUGGUACUUCUAGUGCUCCUUUGAAAGCUUCUGUUGGUAAUUUGUUGUUCUUUACUUCGAUUGAGGUCUUAUCUCUGCAGAAAAGAGGUGAUGACUUCUCUCUCCUAGCUAUUACGGCGGAAGAUGAACGGGAAAUUCAGCAAUUAGCCAAACACCCGGAUGUUUUUAAUAUGAUUGUAGCUAGUAUUGCCCCUUCUAUUCAUGGCUUAGUUGAAGCUAAAAGAGCGAUAGCCUUAUCUAUUUUUGGCGGUGUAUCUAAACAAAAUCCCGGGCAUAAGACGCGUGGAGAUAUAAAUAUGUUGCUUUUAGGAGAUCCGGGAAUGGCUAAAUCACAAUUAUUGAAGUAUGUGGAGAAGAUAGCCCAUCGGGCUGUUUUUGCCACGGGUCAAGGUGCUUCAGCGGUUGGUUUAACAGCGAUGGUACGUAAAGAUCCGGCUUCGGGUGAAUGGACCUUAGAAGGUGGGGCUUUAGUAUUAGCUGAUAAGGGAGUUUGCUUGAUCGAUGAGUUUGAUAAGAUGAAAGAUACGGAUAGAGUAAGUAUUCAUGAGGCUAUGGAGCAGCAAAGUAUUAGUAUUUCUAAGGCCGGGAUAGUAACUAGCUUGCAAGCCCGUUGUGCAGUUAUUGCUGCGGCUAAUCCAGUGCGGGGUAAGUACAAUCCAGCCUAUACUUUUGCCCAGAAUGUUAAUCUUUCCGAUCCGAUUAUCUCUAGAUUUGAUAUUAUUUGUCUUUUAAAAGAUGAAGCAUCUCCUUCUUAUGAUAGGGAAUUAGCUUCUUUUAUCAUUUCUAGUCAUAAUCACAAUCAAAAUUCUCACUUAUCUCAAAAUCAAAAUCAAAAAACCACUUCAAUCAUAUCUCAAGAUUUAUUGCGUAAGUACGUGGCUUAUGCCCGUGAAAGAGUUCAUCCUCAAUCUUCACCUUUAGAUGCCGAACGAAUUGCUUCUCUUUAUGCUACACUACGUAAAGAGAGCAAUGUACCUGGGAGUGUGCCCAUUACAGUUAGACAUAUUGAAUCAAUUGUCAGAAUUUCUGAAGCAGCAGCACGUAUCCAUUUAAGAGACUAUGUAACUAAGUCUGAUAUUGAUCUAGCUAUUAGAGUAGCCCUAGAUAGUUUUUGUGGCACACAGAAGACAGCCGUACGUCGGGCUCUUCUUAAAAAGCUAGCUAAGUACUUACCCGAAGCCCCGGAUGAUUUCCAGUUUAUCAAAUCUUUACUAGUACGUCUCUUAGAUAAGGCCCAAGAAAACAAUCAAAAUUCAGUCCUAUCUCAAAAUCAAAAUCAAAACACCAACCCAAAUCAAAGCAUUUCUCUCCAGACUUUCAAAUCACGAGCCAAAUCCCUAGGACUUAAGUACAAAACCUUCUUAUCCUCACCAGAAUUCACUCAGUUCUUCCAGCUCUCUAAAUGCGGCCAAUUCAUCUCACAACUACCACCACCAGCACAGUAG